CUACAAUCAAGGUCUAAUGGUGUGUUCUGUAUAUAGUACCAUAGUGAAGACGUAAUGACGGUCAUAGACAACUAUAUUUUAUAGACCAGAAACGUGACAGUGGUUAAGUGUGAUAAUUGAUAAAAAUAUAAAAUAAACACACGCUACUAUACUAUAGUUUAAUAAUUAAUAAUUUAACCAAAUUUGUUUUAUUUUUCAAGUAUUAUAAUAGAGUAUUAGAGCCGCAGACGGUAGACUUCAGUUAUAAGUGAGUAAUAAGUUUGGUAUUUUAGAUUACAGCAUGUUCAAUGAUGAUAAGAUUUAUUUUUUAACACUGUCAUCGAUUUUAAAACAUGGUUUUUACUUUAGUUGUUGAUAUUUAAUUUACACAUUUCUUUCUGUCAAUCACAUGUGAAAUUUUGUGUCAAUUUUCAGUAAAAUGGGUAAAACAAAGAAAAAAGUACCUAAAUGUUUUGUGGCGAAGCCAUAUACAAAUUUAGCUGAUCAAAUCACCGGGGACCAAAUAGUGUCCAACAAAAAAAAGGAACCUAAGAUACGACUACGCCAAGAUGAAAGUGAAGAGGUAAUGACAUUACUAUGUGUUAUUGUAGUAUAGAUAUAAAAUUUAAAAAUAAAGGAUAAUCUUAUGAUUUAGGUUAUUAGUUCACAAUUAUCCAAACGGAUAUUGGAUCAAGUCAGAGAACAAAAACAAGAAAUAACUGAUAAUGGUAAGUUUAAACAAUAUUAUUUAUUAAACAUUAAUCAGUGAGAUGCAUACUUUUUUAUUUAUCUAUGGUUUUAGAUGCCACAGAAAAAAAUCUGAUAUCAUUAGGCUCAGGAUCUGAUUCUGAAGAAGAUGAAGAAGAUAAAUCAAUGUUUGGCGAAGAUGAUAAAGAUUAUUAUGAACAAUUGGUAAAACAAUUAUUGAAAAUAAAUAUUAUUCUAUGUUAUUUUUAACCUUUUUUUUUUAGGAAAUUAAUGUAGAAGAUGAAAAAGCAUUAGAAAUGUUCAUGUCUAAAAACCCUGAAACUCGAUUGACUUUGGGGGAUAUGAUCAUGGAAAAAAUUACUGAAAAACAAACUGAAAUACAAACUCAAUUUACAGAUGCUGAAAGUAGGAUUAUAAUAUUAUUAAUGUUAGAUUUCUCAACAUAAGUUUAGACACUUUACAUCCUUAUUGUGUCUGUCCGUAAUAUUAAAACUGUGAUAAUAUUAGAAGUACUUAAAGAAUUAAAAAAUACCUUGUCAACUAUUUACAAAAUUAAAAAUUUUAAGUUUAUUUAUGUUAUUCCCCUUAAGUAAAAUCUACUAGGUUACCAAAUUCUUUCUAAAUUAUGUAUGAAACUAUAGUUUAUUGUUUAAAAUAAGUUUAGAAACUGAGAACUUAAGCUCGCUCGUAGAGUGCACUUUCCUAAUUUAUUUCUAUCUAUAAAGCUGCAUUUAUUAAUUAACUCUAACUCAUAAGCCUGUAAAAAAAAAUACUUAAAUACCUAGUGGUUGAUAUCAUUAAAUAAAAUAAUCAACAUAAAAAGUUAAAGAAACAUUUUAAUAGUAUAUAUAUUAUAUUUACCAUUUUCCGUAACAUUGCUCAUUGUUGUUUUAUACUGUUUCGUAUGGCAAAAAUAGGUUAAAUGUUCUGUAAUUGUUUGUUAAAUUUAUGCUGUGAAUGAAAUUACAAAUUAUAUUAGAAAAAUUCACUACCUUGUGAUUUACCACUAAAACUAAAUUUGAAUUAUUAUUAUUUUAAGAACAAUUGGUAUUUUAUAUAAUUUAUAAUUUAUAGGUCUUCAAUUGCAAGAUGUUGAUCCGCGAGUAGUGCAGAUGUAUAAAGGUGUUAAACAAGUAUUGAGUACUUAUCGAAGUGGCAAAUUGCCUAAAGCAUUUAAACUAAUUCCAAAAUUAAGGAACUGGGAACAAAUAUUGUACAUUACUGGUUAGUUGCUAGUGUGUUUUUCAACAGUAUUAAGUAUUAUAUCAUUUGUCCAUUUAUUUAUUUUUCCUUUUAGAGCCUUCUACAUGGAGUGCUGCAGCGAUGUAUCAGGGAGUUCGUAUAUUUGCAUCUAAUUUGAAAGAAAACAUGGCCCAAAGAUUUUACAAUCUUGUUUUAUUACCUAGAAUAAGAGAUGAUAUUGAUGAAUACAAGAAAUUAAAUUUUCAUCUUUAUCAAGCAUUAAAAAAGUCUUUAUUCAAACCUGGUGCUUUCAUGAAAGGAAUACUGAUACCAUUAUGCGAAGUAUGUGUAUGCAGCUAAUUUAUACAUUUCAGUUUCAUUUUGUAUAUUUUUUUUUUUAGAGUGGCACUUGUACUUUACGAGAGGCAAUCAUUAUUGGAUCAAUAGUAGGAAAAAAUUCCAUCCCAAUGUUGCAUUCAGCAGCAGCUAUAUUGAAAUUAGCUGAAAUGGAUUAUAAUGGAGCUACAUCAAUAUUUCUUAGAAUUCUUUUUGAUAAAAAAUAUGCUCUUCCAUAUAGAGUUGUGGAUGCAGUUGUUUUCCAUUUUCUUGGGUAAAAUUAAAUUAACUUUAUUAUCUUUAUAUAAUAAUAUUAUAGCAAAUAAUAGUUGUUACUAUUUUUUAAAUUAGAUUUGAACAUGAUCCCAGAGAAAUGCCAGUUCUAUGGCACCAGUCGUUUUUAACUUUCGUUCAACGUUAUAAAACAGAUAUAAGCUCAGAGCAGAAAAAAGCACUAUUAAAGUUACUAAGAUCAAAAUCGCAUCCAAUUAUUACACCAGACAUACGUCGCGAGUUAGAAAGCUCCACAUGUAGAGAUAUUGAAAUGUCCGAGCCUCUGUAAUGACUAUGUUGAAAAUAAUUUCUUUUAUAUUAUGUUAAAUUUGACAAUUUUGUCUUAUAAAAUAAAAACAUAUUUGUACACAACAAUUUUUUACAUCCAAUAUGUAUUAUUUUUGUAAUUAAUGGAAAUCUUAAAAAUUAACAGUUAAU